GCUGUCGCCGACAUGGAUGGUGCCGAAGCCAAAGAAUUCCUCAACAAAAUGUCUGUCAUGUACAAGAUCGACACUAUGGUGCAGAUGAGGCGAGAACGGGACCGGCUGAAGUAUGUAUACGGAACUAACACAUCGUUGUAUGUACCAACCACAAGUGCAUAG